AUGGUCCCGUGGUUCGAGGCAGAAGGUGCGAUAGAUUGUCCACCACUAAGAACGAAGCCCAUCAUAAAUGGUGGAAAUGGUCGCAUCAUUGGCAUCAUUGGCAUGCCGAAUGGUCGUCGUCCUCGCAUACCCAUUCUUCUUGGUCCUCUCAUGCCCAUUCCCAUUCCUCCUGGUCCACCGCCCAUGCCCAUUCCACCUGGUCCGCCUGGUCCGCCUGGUCCGCCUGGUCCGCCUGGUCCGCCUGGUCCGCCU